AUGUCGACGACCUAUAGAUCCACGCGGAGCGCCGACGCCUCGCAAGCGCUUUCCUUUGAAGAUGUGGUGAUGACGGGGCUUGCCAAGGACGGCGGGUUGUUCUUGCCGUCGCAAAUCCCCAAAGUCGACGCCGCCACGUUGCAACGGUGGUCGGGUCUUUCCUUCACCGAGUUGGCGUUUGAAGUGUUGAGAUUGUAUAUCGACCCUAAGGAAAUCAGCGAUGCCGACCUCAAAUCGCUCGUCGACCGCCUGUACUCGACGUUCCGUGCCCCCGAGGUUACCCCCAUCCGCAAGUUGACCGAUGACUUGUACCUUUUGGAACUCUUCCACGGGCCCACCUAUGCGUUUAAGGACGUCGCCCUUCAAUUUGUCGGUAACUUGUUUGAGUUCUUUUUGACUCGCGCCAACGGUGACAAGACCGAAGGCCGCCAACAGAUCACCGUUGUCGGUGCCACUUCCGGUGACACCGGUCUGGCCGCCAUCUACGGGUUGCGCGGUAAGAAGGACGUGCUGGUGUUCAUCUUGUACCCCACUGGCCGUAUCUCCCCCAUUCAGGAAGAGCAAAUGACCACUGUCCCCGAUGCUAAUGUUCACACUCUUUCGGUCAAGGGUACUUUUGACGAUUGCCAAGAUAUCGUCAAGCAGAUCUUUGGUGAUGCCGAGUUCAACUCCAAGUACCACGUCGGUGCCGUCAACUCGAUCAACUGGGCGCGAAUCUUGGCCCAACAGACGUACUACUUCUACUCGUACUUCCAGCUCCUUAAGCAAAAGCCCGACGCUAAGGUGCGGUUUGUCGUGCCUCUGGGUAACUUUGGUGACAUUUUGGCCGGCUACUACGCCACCAAGAUGGGUUUGCCCGCCGACCGGUUGGUGAUUGCCACUAACGAAAACGACAUUUUGGACCGGUUCAUGAAGUCUGGUCGCUACGAAAAGAACGCUGAAGCGGGAGUUAAGGCCACCUACUCGCCGGCGAUGGACAUUUUGAUCUCGCUGAACUUUGAGAGAUUAUUAUGGUACCUUGCCCGUGACUCCGUCGCCAAGGGUGAUGAUGCCGCUGCCGGUACCGUUCUUGGUCAAUGGAUGGACCAAUUGAAGCUGACUGGGUCCGUCGAAGUGCCCCAGGAAGUGUUGGCGGGGGCCCGUACUCUUUUCGACUCCAACCGUGUCGACAACACCGAGACGGUGGCCACCAUCAAGCAGAUCUACGACGACCACGACUACGUCAUCGACCCCCACACCGCCAUCGGGGUGAAGACGUCGCAGAAGUGUGCUGCCGCCGGCGACAAUGCCACCUACAUCUCGUUGCUGACGGCGCACCCGGCCAAGUUUUCCGAGGUGGUCAACAAGGCGUUGGACCUGAACCCCAACUACUCGUUCGACCGCGACGUGCUCCCUGACGAGCUCAAGGCGUUGGCGUCGCAAGAAAAGCGCAUCAAGUUGAUUGACGAGGCCCUGGUGGACAAGGUGAAGCAGGCGAUCAUCGACGAGCUCGGCCACUAG